AUGCUCUUCGCAAACUUCAACCAGGACUUCACCUGCAUCUCCGUCGGCACGCGCAAGGGCUACAGCAUCACAAACUGCGACCCCUUCGGCCGCGUCUACACGAUGAACGACGGCGCGCGCGGCAUCGUCGAGAUGCUCUUCUGCACGUCGCUCAUCGCCCUCGUGGGCGCCGCCGACCAGCCCUCGUCCAGCCCGCGCAAGCUCCAGAUCGUCAACACAAAACGCCAGUCCAUGAUCUGCGAGCUCCUCUUCCCCUCCUCCAUCCUCGCCGUCAAGCUCAACCGCAAGACCCUCGUCAUCGUCCUCGAGAACGAGAUAUACAUAUACGACAUCUCCAACAUGCGCCUCCAGCACGUCAUCGAGACAACCCCCAACCCAGAAGCCAUCGUCGCGCUCUCCCCCUCCGCCGACAACUCCUACCUCGCCUACCCCUCCCCGCUCCCAACCCCCUCCCCCCUCUCCACGCACCCCUCCCCACCCCCCGCCUCGCCCCCACCCACCCAGCCCACCGGCGACGUCCUCCUCUUCUCCACGAAAUCCCUCACCGUCACCCAGCUCAUCCGCGCGCACAAGGCCCCGCUCUCCGCGCUCGCCCUCAACGCCACCGGCACCCUCCUCGCGACCGCGUCCGAGAAGGGCACCGUCAUCCGCGUCUGGGGCGUCCCCGCCGCCGAGAAGCUGUUCCAGUUCCGCCGCGGGACGCGCGAGGCGAGGAUCUAUUCGAUGAGCUUUAAUGCGGUCGCGAGCUUGUUGGCGGUGAGCAGCGCGCAUGAUACGGUGCAUAUAUUUAAGCUCGGGGCGGGCGGGCAGCGCGCCGAGGGGAGCGUCGAGAGCAGGGACGACGGCGGGUACGACGCGUUUAUCGACGGAAAGAAGAAAUCCAGCGGCGGCGGCGGCGGUGGCGUCUCCUCGAGCCUGCGCCGGCGCUCGCUGCACCUGACGAAGAACCUGACCGCGUCCGUCGGCGGCUACCUCCCGAACACGCUCACCGAGAUCUGGGAGCCCGCGCGCGACUUUGCGUUCCUGAAGCUCCCGACGAGCGGCGCGCGCUGCAUCGUCGCGCUCAGCGGGACGGUGCCGCAGGUGAUGGUCGUCUCGUCCGAGGGAUACUUCUACUCGUACAGCAUCGACCUCGAGAACGGCGGCGAGUGCGCGCUCACGAAACAGUACUCGCUGCUGGACUCGGGCGACGAGGCGCGGAACGAGUGAGGCGCGGCGCUUGCGUGCGGGCGUGCGGGCGUGCGCACGGACGAGCGCGGUGCGUCUGCGGUCGGUGCGUCGCGCGUGGAUGGCGGGGCGCGCGGGGGCGCGCGGCCUGGUCUCCGUUGCUGGCCGUGCGCGGACGCGGUGUUGUGCAUGUAGCUCGUGCUUGUGUGGUAUACGAUGUCUGGUAUCUGGGAUUUGGUGUUCCUUUGUCC